ACCACAAGUCUGGAACAAACUUCCAGAAAACUGCAAAACAGCAGAAACACUGAGUUCCUUUAAAUCCAGACUGAAAGCCACAUGUUUAGAGUUGUUUCUGAAACAUCAUCAAUGAAACGUUGAUCAACGUUCUGAUGCGUAACAACAGCAACAUGUAAUGUUUACCAUGUAAUGUCUUUUAUGAGGUUGUAGUUCUGUGGUUUUUACUUACAGCACUUUGAAUGUUGCUGAAAUGUGUUAUAUAAAUAAUAUUGAUUGAUUGAUUGUUGUUUCCAGGUGAGGCAGCGCCAUGUUGGACGCUCCACUCACCAGGAACUUGUCCCACUCCAGCUUCCGGUUCAGAUGUUUUCCGGAGCUGCAGGACCGCCGCUGGAUUCUGGCGCUGCUGUUCUUCCUCUGCUUCCUGUCGGUGCUGCUGGGAAACUCUGCGCUGCUCUACGUGAUCCGCAGGGUGGCGCGCCUGCACAGCCCCAUGUACGUCCUGGUGUGCCUGCUGUGCGUGGUGGACGCCCUGCUGGCCUUCGCCAUCCUCCCCAACAUGCUGCUCAACCUGCUGUUCGACUGGAGCCAUAUCUCGCUGACCGGAUGUCUCAUCCAGAUGUUUUCCACGUACUUCCUGUCGUCGCUGGAGUCCACGCUGCUGCUGGUGAUGGCGCUGGACCGCUACGUCGCCAUCUGCCAGCCGCUGCGCUACGCGGACAUCAUGAGCUCCUCCGCCUUCCUGAAGCUGCUCGUCUUCGCGCUCCUACGCAGCGUCUCCAUCAUGUCGGCGCUGGUGGUUCUGGCCGGUUCUCUGUGGUUCUGCGGCUCCAACGUCAUCCAGCACUGCUACUGCGACCACAUGGCGCUGGUCCGCCUGGCCUGCGUCAGUACGCAGAGGAACCAGGCGGCUGGGCUGGCGGUGAUCGUCUGUUUCGUGGGUGUGGACAUCCCCGUCAUCUUCUUCUCCUACGUGAAGAUCGUGAAGGUCGUGGUGAGGGCAGCGGCGGCCAGCGAGGAGCGCAUGAAGGCGCUUCACACCUGCAGCACGCACCUGAUGGUCAUGUUGUGUUUCUACCUGGUGGGCACCAUCGCCUUCCUGUCCGGCAGCAUCAACAUCCCCAUAGCAACGGGCAUCAACACCCUGAUGGGCGUCGCGUACAUCCUGAUCCCCGCGACGGUCAAUCCCAUCAUCUACGGUGUUGGUACCAAAGAGAUCCGCCGAGGCCUUCAGAGGAUGUUCCAGAUCUCAGCUCUGAAGGUUUCUUCUGGAAAACGACUGACUGACUCUGACAACAUCCGGUCAGGAGCCCACAAGUCUGACUCUUCAAAAGUAACGCAGUGUAAAGUAUUUAUGAACCGAAAGCCUCCAUCUUAAUUAGCAUCAUGACUUUAACCAACACUGAGACAAAUUAGGAGCCAAAAUAAUCCGGUUCUCAAAGGCCGCACCUGAUUGGACCAGCAGGUCAUUGUGGGCGGAUCCCAGUGUGAACAGGAAGUGUUUUCAAUAACAUCAACAAAUAAAAAACAUUUAGUUGUGCUAAACCUGAAGCACUAAUCAUAGACAUUAGCUGGGCUAACAAUAAAGCGCAUUAGCUUCUGGUAUUUAGCGGAAGCUAAUGCUAACGUGCUAAAUUCCACCAUGUUGAUAUCCAACAUGGCGGAAGAGGAAGUGGAACUGCUGUGUAAACAGUCCUCAUCCACUUCAAAAUAAGAGCACGAACAGAGUUAAAGAAUUCAUAAAAGUCAUUAAUCUAAAUUUACAUGUUUAACUUUAUUCAACUGAAAGUUUACAAAACAGUAAAUCAGCAUUUUAAAAUUUAUCUGAAAAAUUAAUGAAGCAGAAGCUAAGUGUGCUAAGCGCUAAAGUUAGCCAAAGUGCCGCUAAUAAUUAGAAGAGUUCCCACUGCUAAAAUUAAUGCCAUCUUUUCUAUUUUUUUAGAAUAUGUCUAACUUCCUCCUCUGGCGUCAAACUGUCUUUUAUUUCUUCAGUGUCACAUUCCAGCUGUUUUAAUGAGUAAAGAUCCUCUAUGAUUGUACAGAUAUUUAUGAGCAGGAAGGGUUUAAUAAUACCUUAUCAUUAUAUUUAAAAACAAAAUCAAUUUUGUAAGUGAAAUAAUGUGAAACUGGAAAAAGCUGUUAAAAAACUAAAACAGUUUUGAUCACAAAUGUCAGGCUGUGUGUGAAUCAUGACUGACAGUAAAAACACUCAGAGCUUCUAACAGUGUUUUUAUUAAAGACUGUGGGGAAUAUACACGUUUCUCUGACAAUAUCAAAAUAAACCACAACUGGAACUAAAGUAUAAACAGACAUGAUGUGUUUCUUCCUCAUCCUCCGACUUCGAGUCUCCAAGACAACCUGGUGUCAAACAUCUGUCAGAAAAUACAAGUUCAGAAUCUCACUUCAUAUUAAAAUCAGCAAAUAUUAAACAGAAACCGUCGUUUACGGCCACAGGGUUGACGAAGAGAAAAACUGUGAACGUUUAACACACAGAUGAUCAGUUCACUGAUCAUCAUCAGGAGUUUAGAGGAACAAAUCCUGCUUUUUAAAAAUAAAACUCACACAGAAAUCUACAGUUAAUUACAGAUUAAAGUCAUUAUUUUUUUUGUAUAUAUUAAUAUGUGGAAAAUAUUGUCAAAACUCAAGUAAUUUAAGGGGUUUCAUCUUCUACUGUAUCUGCUGUUCAGGCUGCCACCAGCAGGUGGCGGUAGCACAGCAGGUUGGAACAACAGAAUUUAAACAUGUGCAAUGUUGGUUAACAGUAUUCACCCCUACACAUUUUAAUACUUUAUCACAUUUAAUUGAAAUGGAACUAAUUCACUCAUCAGACAGAGAUGACUCCAGUAAAUUCAGAUGAUUUCAUUUUACUGAGGGGAAAUAAAUGAUUUAAAACCACCUGAACCAGAUCAAACUGGGAAUUUACUUCUGUUGACCAGUAAUCUUCUAAAUCACAGACUAGAUUUUUAAAAAUCACUGUGGAAGUAUAGGAAUUGUUUUAGAACCAGACUUUAGCUUGAACUUUGACUUGGCCAAUCCAGAGCUUUGGUUUCUGUUUUGCAUUUUGACCUGUUGAUCAAUAUCCUGCUGCAAAACCGGAUCAGUGCAAGAGAGCUUGAGUUCGAGAGAACUCUUCCUUCAGGGUUUCCUCUCAGAGAGCAGAAAUUAUGGUUCCAUCAAUUACAGCAAAUCAUCAGAGGAAGGAGGAAGGAGAGACCAACACCCUGACGCACCAAAUUCAGCCGCAGCUCUGGCUCUGAAAUGCUGCGUUGGUUUUACUCCAGAGGAAACGGGACCAACAACUUCCACUUUAAACUCAUCAGGAUUUCCCCUGAAAGGUCGGAGGUCAUCAGGGUGUUAGCAGAAAAUGUGAGGAAGACCUUCAUGUUCUUCUGGAUCAGCUCUGGUUCUAGAGUUGGAACUCUCCCAUUUUCUCUCUUUGUCAUCAAGCAUGACCUCUGACCUUAGCUGAGGCAGUGAGGUCUGCAGAGCUUUAGGGUGUUUUCCUUCCUGAUAGUCCAGUAAACUCGGUUCGAUUGGGAACCAAAACUGCAACAUUUGCUACAUUUCAGCUGGAGAGUUCGCCUCCUCACUGUUUGUGGUUGUGAAGCAGCAGAUCACCAAGAUCCACCACCUGAACCUGCUGCACUGAACGCACGAGCAUCAGAACUUUACCAAAACUGCUCUGAUGGGCUUUGUUGUUUUCCACCACAUAGACGCUCAGCUUCAUGUCAAUCUCUAUAAGCCACGGUGUCAAGAAGGAAAGCAGACAAUAAAACGCUGAUACCAGCUGGUCUGCAGGAUGAUGCUCCGUCACACGAGCCUGAAGACAGAAAACACCAGCUGGACGUCUGAGCAACACAACAACCAGCCAGACCAGGCUCUGCCUCCCAUUCGCCCAAUCACAACCAAUCACAACCAAUCACAUCCAGUCCAGAAUCUGUAGACAACCUAAUAAAGUUUGGGGUCAUAAUCUUUUGGCUGGUUGGUCUGCAGACCAGUUGUUGGGACCAUACAUAGGAAAUGUCAUUAAUUAAGGCCACUUUCACUGAUCUUGUAGGACUGUCUUCACCUGGAGGUCAGAACCGCGGCUGGGUUUUAAGAAGAACCAUAAAGUACCACAGAACUCUGUGGAAUUGGACUUCUAACGAUCUCUGGUGUCGUUUAGGAGCAACAUGCAUGUUCCAGUGGGUCUCACUGCAUUUCUUUAACUAAACCACUGCUUUGGUUUUUCUACUACUGGUGACUGUAGGCACAGCUUUCAUGAGCUGGGAGAAUAUUUUUAACCCAAUGAUGAUGAUUUGGGUAAUGAUCAACGUGUGGAAACAAACCAAGGAUAACUUCAUUACUCAUGACCUCAAUAAACAAUAAAAUACUGAUAUAUUUCAUGCACUGGUUCCUUGUUGUCUCGUUGGGUCGGUUCUUCACCUGCAGACGUAAGCUGAAGUCCCUGAUGUUGAUCUGGUGGGGAACCGUUGCAAGACAUCUGAAUUUGGCAGUGUUUUUAAAGACCCUUCAACAUAAAACACUGAAACUAAUCUCAACACAACUGAACUCCCGAUCGGUCUCUAAUGGAAAUACGAAGAACAAAGAGAGGCAUGCGUCCAGCGAUCGCCGGCUCUGAGUUCCUGCCGAGGCUCGGCCCGACGACACAAGGCUGCGGUAUUCUACACCCUGCGGGACGCAGAGAGAGGACGGACAUGAACAAACACACAAACACGCCACCACCGAGUGUUUGGAGGGUGUCCAGACUGCGGCUCGGCCUACAGGUAACCUCUGCCGGCUCCACACUACAAACAGCAGCAAAACAACAACAGUGACGGCCGUGACGCCCGUCGCCUCUAUCUGUCGUCGGGUUUGGGUGAGUCCAACGGUUCCUCCUCUUCCUCCUUCUCGUCUUUAGCGCCAAUGAGCCGCUGGCGGGCGAAGUCCUCGAAUAUGAUGUCAUCGUCACUGAGGGACGGAGAAUGUGACUGAGGUUAGUUCAGAGCUUUGGUACAACAUCAUCAAUCUGCUGCCGGCACAAACAGACCGGUGCCCAGAAUUAUUCAUACCCCGGAAAAUUUAGAUUUAAAGUUAUUGCUUAACUUGAGAAAUAUUUCCUCUUACUGCAACAGAAACUAUGUGGGUCAAAA